UUCCCUAUGCUCUGUGUGAAAGAUGUUAACGCCUCGCGCCAGCGUUAUCAAACUGCCUACAGCACGUGACCUUGCACUGACCUGUACUGAGCGGCAAAAAUACUGGAUCACACUGACCGUUACUGUCUUGGCCUCCUGACACUUGCAGUGUUGCUCAGUACAAAUAGUGUUUGCAUAAGUCCACUUCUGAUGCAGUUGAUUACUUAUUUUGAGGGUAUCGGAGUGUGAGGGGCUGAAAAUGUUAAAAGACUUUCCUUCAGCGUCUCGAUAACGGAGAACUUUAUGGCCUGCCACAUUAAAUCCAUACCAUAAAUUGCACACAAUCUUCUGAAAUGUACGAUCGUGUCAGGUGUGAUUUCUCAUCGCAGUGAGACCCCUCUUAGAGCAGGUCGGGUUUCAGAUCCUGGAGCUCCUCUCCCACGGAGGCGGAGUUAAACCUCCGAAACUGCUCCGACUCCCUCAGACGUGUCUUUUGGAUCGGAUCGGAUCGUCACCGGAUUACCGAAGAUUACAACAGGAACAGAUCCUGCAGCGACCGACGGACACAGCUCCUUAAGGAUCACCAGCAGCGUUUUUCCAUUUUCCUCACUAUGGCCCAGACUAAGGGGAAGUUUGACUUCGCCAUAGACCGAGGUGGCACCUUCACCGAUGUGUUCGCACGUCUGCCUGAUGGCCGUGAGAGAGUCCUUAAACUGCUGUCCAGAGACCCGCAGAACUACAAAGAUGCUCCCACUGAGGGCAUCCGCCGGGUCUUGGAGGAGGAAUCGGGGCGGCUCUUCCCUCGUGACCAGCCUGUUGACACCGCCCUGAUUGGCUGGAUCCGAAUGGGCACUACCGUGGCAACCAAUGCCCUGCUGGAGAGGGAAGGAGAACGGACCGCACUGCUGGUCACAAAAGGCUUCAAGGACCUGCUGCACAUUGGCACACAGGCCAGGCCCAAACUCUUUGAUUUGGAGGUCGCCGUCCCUGAUGUGCUUUAUGAGGAGGUCAUAGAGGUGGACGAGCGAGUCGUCCUCUGUCAAGACGACUGCCAGCUGCCCAGGAAAGAUCCCAAACGUGUCGUAACAGGCAGUACAGGUGAUUCUCUGGAGGUGUGGCAGGAACUGGAUCUGGACAAAGUGGAAAAGGACCUGAGAGGAGUUCUGUCCCGCGGUAUCUCCAGCAUCGCCGUCCUCCUCCUCCACUCGUACACCUGGUCCGAUCAUGAGAAAGCGGUGGGCUCCCUCGCCCGUCGUCUGGGCUUCACUCAGGUGUCUCUCUCCAGCGAGGUCAUGCCGAUGGUGCGGGCGGUCCCUCGGGGCUACACGGUCUGCGCGGACGCCUACCUCACACCCAAAAUUCAUCAGUAUUUAAAAGGAUUCACAGCCGGCUUUAAAGGUGGCCUGAAGGAUGUAGAUGUGUUGUUCAUGCAGUCAGAUGGAGGUCUGACCCCCAUGGAGCAGUUCUGCGGCUCAAGAGCCGUUCUCUCCGGCCCAGCAGGGGGCGUGGUGGGAUACGCCAUCACCUCCUACAGCCAAAUGGAGAAGAAGCCUGUGAUUGGUUUUGAUAUGGGCGGAACCUCCACCGACGUGAGCCGCUAUGCCGGCCAGUACGAACACGUAUUUGAGGCCACAACGGCUGGCGUCACCCUGCAAGCACCUCAGCUGGACAUCAACACCGUGGCUGCGGGCGGGGGGUCCCGACUCUUUUUCAGAUCAGGGAUGUUUGUCGUAGGACCAGAAUCUGCAGGUGCACAUCCAGGACCGGCCUGUUACAGGAAAGGCGGCCCUCUGACUGUGACCGAUGCUAACUUAGCUCUGGGUCGCCUUCUUCCUCCCUUCUUUCCAAAAAUCUUCGGCCCUGCUGAGAACGAACCGUUGUCCUUGGAAGACACCAUGACGCAUUUCCAUCGUCUCACUGAGGAGAUCAACAGCUUCCUGUCAGCGAACCAAACCCAGGCCAACAGGGCCACAAACUCCCAGAACGACAUGGUGCCAAACAGCCAAUCAACGAUGAGCGUGGAAGACGUCGCAAUGGGAUUCAUUCGUGUUGCUAACGAGGCGAUGUGUCGACCAAUCAGGGCUUUGACACAAGCCAAAGGCCAUGACACGUCUCAGCAUGUACUGGCGUGUUUCGGCGGCGCAGGCGGCCAGCAUGCCUGUUCUAUAGCCCGAGCUCUGGGAAUGAAGACCGUCUUCAUCCAUAAGUACAGCGGCGUGCUGUCAGCAUACGGUCUUGCCCUGGCAGACGUUGUGGAAGAGGUGCAGGAGCCGUGCUCCCUUAAGUACGAGCAGCAGUGUUUCGGCGAGCUGGACCGCAGGAUGGAGCAACUCUGCAGACGCUGCCGCGACACGCUGUCCGCACGCAGCUUCUCGAGUGGUCAGAUAUCUACUGAGGUUUUCCUCCACCUGCGUUACGAAGGCACCGACUGCGCCCUCAUGGUUACGGCUGACGGUUACCCCAGAAACGCCCAUUCCUGUCGAGCUGGCGACUUCAGCAGCGCCUUCACCAAGCGUUAUUUGAAGGAGUUUGGGUUCACCAUCCCAGACAGAGCCAUCAUGGUGGACGACAUCAGAGUGAGAGGCUGCGGAAAAUCUGGGAUCAACUCCAUACAUAAAUCAAAGACGGGACACAAACAAGCCAAGCCUGUCAUGAUGACCAAGUGUUUCUUUGAAGACGGUUACAUGGACACCAGUGUGUAUCUGUGGGAGGAACUGCCAUGUGGCAAAAGCAUCCAAGGACCGGCCAUCAUCAUCGACAAAAACAGCACCAUCCUGGUGGAGCCGUCCUGCGAGGCCUGCCUGACGGAGGACGGCGACGUCUGCCUGGCUGUCGGCUCGGACUCUCAGUGCGCCAUCGGCACUGAGCUCAACACCGUGCAGCUCUCCAUCUUCUCCCACCGCUUCAUGAGCAUAGCGGAGCAGAUGGGCAGAGUCCUCCAGAGGACCUCCAUCUCCACGAACAUCAAGGAGCGUCUGGACUUCUCCUGCGCCGUGUUCGGGCCCGACGGAGGUCUGGUGUCGAACGCGCCUCACAUCCCUGUCCACCUGGGGGCCAUGCAGGAGACCGUCCAGUACCAGAUCAGAUCACUGGGAAACGAGCUGAGAGAAGGAGACGUGAUUCUGAGUAACCACCCGUGCGCCGGCGGCAGCCACCUCCCGGACUUGACCGUCAUCACGCCGGUGUUUCGAAAAGGAGUCAAAAGGCCUGUGUUCUUUGUGGCCAGCAGGGGGCAUCAUGCCGACAUCGGAGGCAUCACUCCCGGCUCUAUGCCCCCCCACUCCACUUCCCUUCAGCAGGAGGGGGCAGUCUUUGUUUCGUUCAAGCUCGUCACCGGGGGAGUCUUCCAAGAAGAAGCCGUCACCGAAGCUCUGAUGGCUCCGGCUCAGCACCCUGGCUGCUCUGGGACUCGUAAUCUCCACGACAACCUGUCAGACCUGCGGGCUCAGGUGGCGGCCAACCAGAGAGGCAGCCAGUUAGUAGGGGAGCUGAUCGACUGCUACGGGUUAGACGUGGUCCAGGCCUACAUGGGAUACAUCCAGAGUAACGCCGAGCUGGCCGUUAGGGACAUGCUCAGAGAGUUCGCACAGCGCCGGCGCCAUCAGACCAGCGACUCCUUAGAGGUGGAGUCAGAAGAUUUUAUGGACGACGGGACACCGAUCAGACUCCGGGUUCAGAUCAAUGAAGAAGAGGGCAGCGCCGUGUUUGACUUCACAGGAACUGGAACCGAGGUGUGGGGGAACUGCAACGCUCCACGGGCCAUCACCCUGUCCGCUCUCAUCUACUGCCUGCGCUGCAUGGUCGGCCAGGACAUCCCCCUCAAUCAGGGUUGCCUGAAGCCGAUCAAAGUGAUCGUGCCCCCCGGCUCCAUCCUCCAGCCGUCCCAGAAUGCAGCUGUGGUCGGAGGAAACGUGCUCACGUCUCAGAGAGUGGUGGAUGUCAUUUUUAAGGCGUUUGAGGUGUGCUCCGCCUCCCAGGGCUGCAUGAACAACAUUUCCUUUGGCAGCGAGCGAGUCGGCUAUUACGAGACGGUGGCCGGGGGAGCGGGGGCGGGGCCCGGCUGGCACGGCCGGAGCGGCGUCCACUCUCACAUGACCAACACCCGCAUCACCGAUCCAGAGAUUUUGGAGAAAAGGUAUCCGGUGAUUUUAGAGCAUUUCUCUCUGCGACCCGGCUCAGGAGGCUCUGGGAAGUGCCGGGGAGGCGACGGCGUCGUCCGUAAGCUUCUGUUCAGGAACAAGGUGGUCCUGUCCGUCCUGACGGAGAGACGGGCCAUCCGCCCCUAUGGCCUUAAAGGGGGCGAGGAUGGAGCCGCGGGGCUCAACCUGCUGCACAGAGCCGACGGUCGAAUCCUCAACCUGGGAGCAAAGACCAGCGUCAGCCUUGAGCCAGGGGACAUGUUCUGCCUUUACACCCCUGGAGGAGGGGGGUUUGGGAGCGAGGGAGACCCGAAGAGCGGCGGACCUCAGGGCAAGCGUAGGCGUCUGAACGAGGUGUUCACGGAGAGGGGGAGUGUGUUUGAAUACAGAAUGGCUCAAGAGGGAGUGUGAAGAGAAAUGAUGAAGAGCUGGAAGGCCAGAGAAGAGAAAAUCGUGGGAAACGAGAGUCAGACUCUUCAUCAAAUGGAUUUACCAAAAGAUACAUAAAGAAAGUUAACAAAGGUAAAACUGUGACAGGCAUGCUUUCUAGCAUUGUAGUGUGAAAAAAGGCACAUACUAAAGGUGUGACAAGAAUCAGAGUAGAAUAAUGGAUCAAGCUCCUAAACUAUGAAUGUUUCUCUGUGAAAUUUCACUUUCUGUUGGAUUUAUAUUCCUGAAACGAUCACGUUUCACACUAGUAUUUUAAUCCAAACCUAUGAGUUUGCGAGAAGCACCGCACAGUGUGUAUUUCUGAAUGCUGCAAAUGUCAGGAUGAACUUAAGUGAAAUGUGAAUUGAGCAAGCACUUUUCUCAAGCCAACAAUUUACAAAUAUACCUCUUUUUUUUUUUUAAGAAGGUUUGAUAAAUAAAUCCCAUUUGUUAACAGAAAAUCGUUUAAAUUUCAUGUUUCGGAAACAUAAAAAAAAUAAAUUUCCACGACUGCAAACUUGAUGUGUGACAGGUAGUCGCACCCAGAGUGGUUGUGUUGGGUUAAAGCGGCGUCCCCCUCCUCCCACCUUUGGUGUCAGGAAUGAUGAUGAGCAGAGGGGGGAAGGAGGGAGUGCAGGCAGGCAGGCAUGCGUAGGCAGCUGAUACAGAGAUAGUGGUCACAGCAGGGGGCGGGGAAUCAGCGGGAGGCUGACGGCUGCUGCACUGCUGAUGUAAAUCAGAGUUUCUGCAAGAGAAAGAGGAGCGCUGGAAACUCCCAAUUCAUGAACUCAAGUUCCUGUAGCAACUGGAGAUGAUAAAAAAAAAGUGAAUAGAGUUCACUUCAUCUUUUCUAAAUUCAAAAUAUGCAUGAGCUUUAAUAUCGAUCCCAAUGCUAAAAUCUCAUUUAGUUUCGAUGGAGUCCUUUUGGAGUGUGUUGUUGCUACGUUAAUAUCGCCGCUGCACCAAGAAAAUCCAGUUC